AAAUUGUUUUCGUAGUUUUGUCAACAUUAACCUGUAUCUUUAUUUGAAGCCUGUUGGGUGUUUUUGGGACUGCGAUAUUUCUUAUCGGAGGUAUUGUGUUUACACCAUGGGUGCAGUGUCAUGACUAAACCCUCUAAAUGAUUCAUGGGGGAUUUCAAGAUGGCCCAAUGUAUAUGUUAAAGAUAUCGAUUUGUUAUGAAUGGAUGUAAACAUCAAAGCUCUCAGUCUACCUGGGCAGGUCGAUCCGGAAUUCAGACAUGCGCCAUGAUUAACACCCUUUUCCUUGUAACGCUGUGUGUCUGGGCUGUUCAAUCACAGUUUUAUGAAUGCCCGGAUGACUGGGUGGCCUUUGACGCGGGACAAAGAUGUUACAAGUUUAAGGCGGUCCCCACCGCCCGUUAUGACGCUGCUGUCGCACUUUGUUUGGAAGAAGCGAACAGCGCCUAUGUAUUGUCUAUAAACGAUGCUCAAGAACACACCUUUAUCAGUGAUUGGCUGACCACCCAGGACAUUGUCAGGCGUGUUUGGUACACCAGUGGAAUCCGAGAUCCCUCUAACCCCAGCUACUACCGAUGGGAUGGAGAUGGUACAAACAUGAGGUUUGAUCUCAGCUUCUGGAAUAACAAUGGACAGCAAGUACCGGGAAACAUGAUCGGUUACGCCUUCAACGGUGUGAGUUAUGGAUGGCAACAUGUGUUUCCUAACGCCAGUCUCUCCUACAUCUGUGAAAUCAGCCAACAGGAUGCCUACACGAUCCUUACUCAAAAGCGAGAUUUCAGCUAUGGCGUCGACUCGACAGACAAGAAAGACAUUCUGUAUGGACCUACGUUUACUGUGAACCCCACUGACGUCACAAUGAUCUCUAAAACUACGUCACUGUUUGUGGAGUGUCGGGCAUCAUCUAACCCCCCGGCCGCAUACAAGUGGUACCGUGGUCCCCAGAGCAACCAAACCCUGAUUACUCCCCUGACGGACGUCCGGUACACUAUGACUAACGGUAAGCUGUCGAUUCAGGCCCCUGUGGAAAGCGAUGAGGGUCAGUACCGUUGUAAAGCGGAGAAUGAGUUUGGGGUCAUCAUCAGUCACCCCGUCAACAUUGACUUUGGGUAUCUUGGAGAAUUUUCUAACGUUGAGAAUGCCCCCGUGCGAUCCCUGGCAUAUGAAGGAGCAGUAAUUGUAUGCUCACAAAUCAACGUGAAGCCAGCGGCGACUUAUAACUGGCGGAAGCAGAGCCCUGGGAGCUAUAAGAGAGAUCCCAUAUACACACUAAACAACCCUCACAUCUUCAUCUCUAACAAUGGCAGGCUGUACUUCACAGAGGCUACAAAAGUCGACGAGGCAGAUUAUUUCUGCGAGGUAACACUAAAUGUCCUUGAUGAUCAAAAUGCCAUCGGUUCCAGCCAAGCACCAAGCAGAAUCAGUAAAAGAAUCCCGCUGGAAAUUCUGAACCAAGCUGCAAAAACAGACUGGGGUCCUGUGAUCCACACCGAUUUUAUUGAAGUCUUCCCCAAGCCUCCCCUCAGGGGACACAAGAUCAGAAUGGAGUGUUUCGCUUAUGGCUCGGUGACGAGUUACACCCAGACGUGGUCCUUCACCUGGAACAAGGUCGGCGGGCGCAUGCCUGACAGGGCAAAGUACCUGGACUUUAACCGAGUGGUGGAGAUUGGAAACAUUCAGUACGAAGACGAGGGCACAUACGAAUGUGUCGUAAAGAGAAAGAGUUCGGUAGCAUCCAAAGUGGUCCUAUUAUCUAUAGAAUCUAAACCCUAUUUUCUGAUACCUCUGGACCACAAACACCUGGAUGAAGGAGUGGAGACUACCUGGCGGUGUUUGGCGUAUGGUAAACCUUCUCCCACAUACACCUGGUAUAAAAAUGGCCAACUUCUGCAACCAAAUAAUAAUGCUGACAUCAGUAUUAACCGGAACAUUUUGACUAUAAGGAACGCUAACAAGGAAAAGCAUGAUGGAAUGUACCAGUGUGCUGCCACAAACACUCACGGGACCUCACUGAGCGCGGCCCAAGUCCGAAUACUAGCAUUCCAACCAACCUUCCAGAAAAACAGACUUCCCGAGAGCAUUGAUGCCGCCCUAAAUGGAGAAGUCGUCAUUCCUUGUGAACCGGAAGGAGCCCCGAGACCGGAAAUCACGUGGAUAAAGAACAAUGUGGCAAUCACUGGAGACUCUCGUGUUAGAAUAAUGCCUAACAAUUUUCUGAAGAUAACAAACAUUAACUAUGGCGACCAGGGUUUUUAUGAAUGCAGGGCAAAAAAUAUUUAUGGAAGUGACGGAAGUUUUUGCAGGUUGAAUGUGAAAGUUGCUACGACGAUAACUCGUCCCCCCGACUUGAAGACGGAGGUAUACCAGAACAAGACCGCCCUGAUUUACUGCACGGCGUCAUAUGAUCCCUCCCUGGACCUGGUGUAUGCCUGGUCCUUUAGCGGCAAAAUCAUCGAUGUGCAACGGGAUGCCCACUAUGAACUGGCAAAUUUACCAUCGGGCAGGGGUCUAUACAUUAAAAUGGCACAGUUUUACCAUCAAGGGAUGUAUGAAUGCAUUGCACGAACCCCGUUAAAUGAGGCUAGAGCUAAAGGGGAUCUGGCUGUGUAUGGGCCUCCUGGAGAAGUUUCCGGUCUCUAUGCAGACCCGGGAACACCCACCACCAACUCAAUCGACAUAUUCUUUUUCCCGGGAACAAAUCACGGCUUCGAGAUAGAGUACUUCAUUGUAGAGUUUGAAAUCCAGUCGGAGAAGGGAAAAUGGUACCAUAGCAACGAAACAACCACUGUCUUUGCGCCCACUACUAUUAUCCCAGGUAACAAGCGUGACAUGCGCACUAUAACUGUGCGCGGGCUGUAUCCUGGCAACGGAUACAGUUUCCGGAUAAAGGCAGUUAAUAUACAAGGAGUUGGUCCUCCGUGCAUUCCAUCAAGCACGGUAAAUACCCUAGACGCUGCACCUGCUGAGCCUCCCGCCAAUCUUAGCAGCAGAACGGAUGGUGUCUCUGUGGGUCAACUUAUGAUCACGUGGAAGCAAUUACCACGAAAGUACCACGGUGCUCAAGGCGUGACGUAUAUUUUAUACUACAGAUUGUUGAAGUUUUCUUCCGCACCCGAUGCACUGUGGAGCAAGGUAAUCAUACAAAACUGGAAGCAAGAAGAGGUGGUGAUUCAGGUUGGAGAAGAUUUUUACUGGAGACAAUACGAAACUAAAAUACAGGCUAAAAACGGGAAAGGAACCAGCCAUAAUUCAUCCAUUGUCAUCGUGUACUCAUCAAUGGGCAUACCAGUAGCUGUUCCAACCAAUAUAUGGGGAGAGGGUUACAACUCCACUGCACUGUUGGUACACUGGAACCCGGUCCCAGACACCCGGGAGGAAAUCAAAGGCAAAUUAGGGGGAUACCAGGUCAAUUACUAUCUCAGAACUCAGAGUGCUGAGGACACCAAAGAUUUCAGCUACAAGCGAUCGAUUCGAUUCCAUGGCCAGGUGAAUUCGGGGAUCGUUAUAGGGCUGGAUCAGGAUACCUACUAUUACGUGGAGGCACAGGUUUUCACAGACGCAGGGCUGGGGCCCUUGGGAGAAAGAAAUUUGGCAGAAACCAUGAAUCCAGCGCCAUCCCUGUACCCACAGGAAGUAAAGGUUGUAUCCAAAGACGCCUCCUCGGUAAUCAUAUCUUGGCGGGGAGUCAGCACGGGGCCUUAUGAAGAUUCACUGAAAGGAUACAAGAUCUUUGUUUGGAAAGCUAAUGAGCACUUCCGGACAGCCAACCCUAUCGAUGUGUUCAAGUUUCCGACCGAGUACACGGUGACAGGCAUUGAGAAGGACUUCGUGUACGCCGUCCGGGUAGCGGGGUACAGCUAUGGGGGGAUAGGAAGGAAGUCCCCCACCUUAUACUUUACUCUGGCUGGUUCUCGUGUUCCUAUAGACACUACGAUUACACAGCAGCUGUUGGCUGGAGGAUCCAAGAUUUUACCAUACAAUAUCAUAUAUUUGUCCCUGGUAACCUUUAUUUUAAGGAUAAUAACACUUUAUAUGUAACUGAUACGCAAACGGAUUGAAAUCUCAUUAUUUAAAGGAUUUGUUACUGUAUUUUAUGUACAACUAGUGAAACUAGUUCAGUGAAAUCCAAUGACUAUAUAGAUUUUCUUAAGAAAAGGAGAAUGUUAAAAGAAUUUGUUUUUGAGAUACAUUAACAAUAUGCAGUUUUAAAAAGGUUUUUUUCCCAUUACAUGUAUAUUUGCAUGUGUUUUCAUGUAUCAUUUUUGUGUCAUUCUGUAAAUUUUGCAAAAUUUCAACAUGAUAUAUAUAUGACCAAGUUUUGUAUAACAGAAAGUUACAAUAUGACGUGUGCAUGACCUAGUUUAUAUAACAGAAAUUUACAAUAUGACAUGUGUAUGACCUAGUUUUGUAUAACAGAAAUUUACAAUAUGACAUGUGUAUGACCUAGUUUUGUAGAACAGAAAGAGAGUGGUAUCAGGAUGUCUGUUUUGUAGAAUCGUUUAGUCCAUUCACGUUCUCUAGCAUAAUAUCUUUACAUAAUUUUUAGCAUCAUCAUAUUCUAAGGUUGUGUAUUAAUAUUGUUUGACGAUGUAUGAGUGUUUGUUAGCGAUUUAUAUCAUUCAUCUAUUUUUAAUUUAAUGUUAAUUUUUUUUAUCGCCAAUCAUAUUUAUAAAUGCUCUUUAUAUAAAAAAUAAAUUCAAUUCAAAAGCGAAA